CUUCAUUUCGUUCCUCCGCGUGGUCAGAAAAAACUCAGCAAGCAUUGGAGAGCAAGAGUAGGAAUUAACUCAAAGGGGAGGAAGGGGAAGACGGCAAUUAUGCACAACGGCGUCGACGCUCGGCCGGGGCCCCUCCUCCACCUCCCCGGCGCAUCACCAGCUCCCUGCUCCGGCCGCCGGGUCCCAUGGCCGCGGUCGGGGUUAGGGGCCGCGCUGCGGCAGCCAAAUAGCCCCCACGGCCGCCUCCGCUUCGGGCCCCUCCCGGCCGGCGAACUCUGCAAGCGGACCCACCGUGAGAAGCUACGUGUCGCUGUGCUUGUAUCGAAGUCCACACUGCAGAGCGACCAUGGUGCCUCACUUCAGAGUGAGCGUGUUGUUCCUCAAGGUGUCAAAGCUGCUGCUGGGUUUCAGAUCUCUGCCGACGACCUAGCAUCACUUGUUGAAAAUCGUGACACCGGGAAGUUGACUCUGCUCGGCCAGCUGGAUGGAAUCGCAGACAAGUUGGCGACGUCGUUGGCUGAUGGGAUCACCACGGAUGAGCUCAGCCUGAAUCAAAGGCAGGGCAUGUAUGGAGUGAACAAGUUCACGGAGAGUGAGGCCCGCAGCUUAUGGGAGUUCGUGUGGGAGGCACUGCAAGACACUACUCUUGUAAUUCUUAUAGCAUGUGCCCUUGUAUCUUUCGUUGUUGGCAUCGCCACGGAAGGGUGGCCGAGUGGUGCCCAUGAUGGCAUUGGAAUCUUUACAAGUAUCCUCCUGGUUGUCUCUGUUACUGCGACGAGCAAUUAUCAGCAGUCUUUGCAAUUCAGGGAUCUGGACAGAGAGAAGAGGAAAAUUUCUGUUCAGGUUACUAGAGAUGGAUUCAGACAAAGGAUACUGAUAGAUGAUCUUCUUCCUGGUGAUGUUGUCCACCUAGGUGUUGGAGAUCAGGUUCCUGCAGAUGGCCUCUUUGUUUCUGGGUAUUCUGUAUUGGUCAACGAGUCCAGCCUAACUGGUGAGAGUGAACCUGUUGUCAUAAGUGAAGAUAACCCUUUCCUUUUGUCAGGGACUAAAGUCCUAGAUGGGUCAUGCAUAAUGCUGGUUACAGCAGUAGGGAUGCGAACACAGUGGGGUAAACUAAUGGCUGCCAUCACUGAAAGUGGGGAUGAUGAAACUCCGCUGCAGGGUAAAUUAAACGGUGUUGCAAAUACUAUUGGAAAUAUCGGUCUGUUUUUUGCCCUUUUAACUUUUGUUAUCCUCUCGCAAGGGUUAGUGGGCCAGAAAUACUCUGAUGGGCUUCUUUUAAGCUGGACUGGAGAAGAUGUACUGGAGAUACUGGAACAUUUUGCCAUUGCAGUCACAAUUGUUGUUGUUGCUGUUCCUGAGGGAUUGCCUUUAGCAGUGACAUUGAGCCUUGCAUUUGCAAUGAAGAAGAUGAUGAGUGAGAAGGCACUGGUGCGACAGUUAUCUGCCUGUGAAACUAUGGGCUCAGCCACUGUUAUAUGUAGUGAUAAGACAGGAACACUUACAACUAAUCGCAUGUCUGUCACGAAGGCCUGCAUAUGUGGAAACACCAUGGAAGUGAACAAUUCAUCAGUGCUUUCAAGUUUUUCUUCCAAAGUCCCAGAAUUUGCUUUGCAAAUUCUUAUGGAAUCCAUUUUUAACAACACUGCUGGUGAAGUGGUGAUUAACCAAGAUGGGAAGUGUCAGAUACUAGGGACCCCAACUGAGGCUGCUUUGUUGGACUUUGCAUUGACAAUAGGUGGAGACUUCAAAGAAAAACGGCAGGAAACUAAGAUUGUUAAAGUCGAGCCUUUUAAUUCAACAAAAAAAAGGAUGGGCAUCAUUCUCGAGCUUCCUGGUGGAGGAUACCGUGCACAUUGUAAAGGUGCUUCAGAAGUAGUCUUAGCUGCCUGUGAUAAUUUCAUAGAUGCCAGAGGUACUAUUGUUGCACUCGAUAAAACAGCUACAAAGAAACUCAGUGAUGUCAUUGAAACCUUUUCUAAAGAAGCACUCAGGACACUCUGCCUUGCUUAUCGGGAAAUGGAUGAUAGUUUUUCUGUUGACGAGCAAAUACCGCUACAAGGAUACACAUGCAUUGGCAUUGUUGGGAUCAAAGAUCCUGUUCGUCCAGGUGUCAGGCAGUCCGUGGCAACUUGUCGGUCUGCUGGCAUUGCGGUUCGAAUGGUUACAGGAGACAACAUAAAUACAGCUAAGGCAAUUGCUCGUGAAUGUGGUAUACUUACUGAGGAUGGUAUUGCCAUUGAAGGCGCUGAGUUCAGAGAGAAAAAUCCUGAAGAACUCCUCGAGUUGAUUCCAAAGAUGCAGGUCCUGGCCCGAUCAUCACCACUUGAUAAGCAUGCACUUGUGAAAUACUUGCGUACCACGUUUAAUGAGGUCGUUGCUGUGACUGGGGAUGGUACAAAUGAUGCACCGGCACUACGUGAGGCAGAUAUUGGACUUGCCAUGGGAAUUGCAGGGACUGAGGUUGCUAAGGAGAGCGCUGAUGUUGUUAUUCUUGAUGACAAUUUCUCCACCAUUGUAACAGUUGCGAAAUGGGGACGCUCUGUUUAUGUCAACAUCCAAAAGUUUGUGCAGUUCCAGCUGACUGUUAAUGUUGUCGCACUUCUGGUUAACUUCUCUUCAGCGUGCUUUACAGGAGAUGCUCCACUGACCGCUGUUCAACUUCUUUGGGUUAACAUGAUCAUGGAUACCCUAGGAGCGCUUGCUCUUGCAACUGAACCACCUGAUGACAACUUAAUGAAGAAAUCACCAGUCGGAAGGACAGGGAGGUUCAUCACGAACGUGAUGUGGAGGAAUAUUGUGGGGCAGUCAAUAUUCCAGUUUGUGGUCAUUUGGUAUCUACAAACACAAGGGGAAUACUUGUUUGGGCUUGAAAGCUCUGAAGCUAAUACUGUUCUAAAUACAAUCAUAUUCAACACUUUCGUAUUCUGCCAGGUUUUCAAUGAGAUAAGCUCGAGAGACAUGGAGGAGAUCAAUGUUUUGAAGGGUUUGCCACAGAACUCCAUUUUCAUGAGCAUCCUCGGUGGCACCAUCAUUUUCCAGUUCAUCCUGGUCCAGUUCCUAGGAGAUUUUGCCAACACCACGCCUCUCACCCAUCUCCAAUGGCUCGUCAGCAUUCUCUUUGGCCUCCUCGGGAUGCCCAUUGCUGCUGCCAUCAAACUGAUUCCUGUGGAACCUCGCGAAGAUGAUGGCCGGAUACCAUAAUCAUGUACAUUAAGAGCAAUAGAUCAGCUUCACCAGCUGCUAACUACUGUAACCUUACCUAAUCCACAAGAAUAGGAGCAGAGCACCAAUUUGUGAAGAAACGGUUUGUUUGACUGGGACAUUAAUAUACCCGUAUUACUAAACUGU